UUGUUUUGCGUUUUUUUUCGCCGUUAUAAAAAUUGCAAUCGAGUGAGUGUUUCCGUUUUGAAAAAAAAAAUGUUAAAAAUCAAGUGGGAAAUAAAAAAUAAUGUUGAUCAAUUUGAAAAAUCGUUAUCUUUCUUGUAUAAAGAUGAGUCAUUGUAUAAAUUUCGUAAUAAUACCUUUACACAGGGGUUUUUUCACUACCGAGUCAAUGUAAAAUUGUAAUCGAGCAAUUUGGCUCCGCCCAUCUUUUUCCGCACAGACAUGUGGGCGGAGCUUAGAUUUUCAAAUUUUCAAAAAGAAAAUUGAAAACCCUUUGGCUCAAAAGACACACGAAUAGAAUGAAAAAAGUCGGGCUAUAUGUGUGUUUGCAGCGACCGACAUCUCGCGAGGCCGGCCACACGCUAUUGUUUUUUUUUGUCGGCCACGUAGCGCGCUGUUUGCGGAGGUUUUUUGUCGUCAGAUAAAAUGUUUUGUACGUGAUUAAUUCUCGGUAGUAAUAAAACCCCUGUGCCUUUAUAUAAAAUUGACAACUCAUUUCUUAUUUUUUCAAUAUUCAGAUGAUGGGUUUAUUUGGCAAGAAGAAAGAUCCGAAAGAGCAGGUUCGCGAGUUGCAAAGAAAAAUGCGACAAGAGAUGCGUGGACUCGACAGACAAGUUUAUUCGAUUCAAAGAGAAGAGCAAAAAGUCACCAAAGAAAUUAAAGAUGCGGCUAAAAAAGGUGAUAAAGAAGUUUGUAUUAUUCUAGCCAAAUCGCUUAUUCAGUCAAGAAAGGUGAACAAAUUUUUCUUUCAUAAAUUCAUCAAUAAUAUUCUUUCAGGCAGUCAGUAAAAUCCACAUGUCAAAAGCGCAAAUAAAUUCAGUGAUUAUGUGUAUGCAAGAACAAUUAGCAACAAUGCGAAUGGCUGGAGCACUUCAAAAAUCAACUGAAGUUAUGAAAAGUAUGCAAAACCUUGUGAAAGUCCCAGAAAUCAUGAAAACUAUGAGAGAAAUGUCACAAGAAAUGAUGAAACUUGGGCUAAUUGAAGAAAUGAUUGAGGACACUUUGGAAAGUGUUGAACCAGCUGAUUUAGAAGAAAAAGCACAAGAAGAAGUUGAGAAUAUUUUGUGGGAAGUUACACAAGGAGAACUCGGAAAAGCACCGCUUGCUGUUAAAGCCAAUCUUAAUCCUGGACAAUCGAUUGGCGAACCUGUUACUGAAGAUUUUGACAGCAUUGCACAACGACUCGCCGAGCUCAGAGACUAA